ACACGUCGUUCUCUCUUCUCCACAAACUAUUCCUUUCGCCUCCGCCGCGAAGCGUUUCGCCCCCAUAAAAGACUCGUUUCUUAUGUUAGGGACCGAGCGGCGACUAUGGGCAGCAGCAUCCGCAGCAAUCUGUUCUUGAGAGAGCUAUGUCUCUUCUCUCCGUUCCUGAGACGCAGCGGCUGCGCUCCUCCAGCCGUCCUCCCCUCGACCACCGCCCACAUCGCGAUCGGUGGCAUCCGCUGCGCGGCGGCUCAGUCGAGCGACGGCGGGUCCCAGGGGAAGACGUCGGCGCGCCUUUCUUUGAUGAAGCAGGUCCUGCGGGACGCCGAGGAGCGUGCUCUCUCCGCCGGCUCCGAACCCACCCCUAAGAUCUCUUUAGAACAUGUCACUAUUAGUUAUGCAAGAAGUGGGGGCCCCGGUGGGCAGAAUGUGAACAAAGUGAACACUAAGGUAGAUAUGCGCUUCAAUGUUAAGAAGGCAUAUUGGCUGAGCGAAAGAGUCCGGGACAGAAUCCUUCAAAUGGAAAAGAAUCGUAUAAAUAAAGAUGGGGAGCUUGUGAUAUCCUCUACCAAGACUAGAACACAGAAGGGUAACAUUGACGAUGCCUUGGAGAAAUUGCAGGGAAUUAUUGAUGCUGCAUCAUAUGUCCCGCCACCCCCCUCCGAAGAACAAAAGAAAAGGAUUGAAAAAUUGGCCUCAAUCGGAGAACAGAAGAGGUUGCUGAGCAAAAAAGCUCUCUCACAGAAGAAGGCAAUUAGAAGGAAUAGGAGCAGUUGGGAUUAAUCCAGAGCAGCGUAGGAAGUCUUCAAUAUUUUGAUCCCCAGGAAAUCAAUGCAGCAUGGAUUAAAGAUCAAUGGGUUAGUAUUGUCAAACCGUCCGAAUCGUCACAUGAAUUAUUCCAUGUAAUUAAGAUCAACAUUUUGCUUACACUUCAAUUUUGGUUCUUAAGUAGGAUGAAGUGCACCUAUACUUAAUUGUGGGAUCAUUGAAUGCGCACAAAAUCUGUGGAAGUUUCUGGGAGAAAUAUAUCAGGAAUUUGUACUCA